UAUAAUUUUUCAAUGAAGCUGUUUGAGUAAUCAAAGCACGUGCUAUUUUGAGCUUGAAACCGUUCAACUACUGCAUCAACGUAGUUUUUUUAUUUUUUCUCGCUCGAAAAAUUAUUCAAAAUGGCUCUUACUUCUCGUAAAAAGCAUGCACUGGACCAGAAAAUCCGCAGCCAAAUGAGUCAAAUUUACAAGAAACCCGACUCUCUAAACCUAGUUGAAAAAUUCCAAUGGCUCUGUUUGGCUAAAUUUGGUGCCAGAGGAUUCAAAGAAUUAGCUUCAUUAUUUCACAAACUAGAUAAAUCAGGUGACGGGAAAAUAGACGAAAAAGAAUUCAUUUCUGGAAUUCAGUCUCUAUACCUGGAAAAACUGACCUCAAAAGAUAUCAAACAACUUUUCGUAGAAUUAGAUCAAGAUUUGAGUGGGUUUAUUUCAAUCAAAGAGUUCAAUGAGAAAAUCAUCGCCCAGUUUUUACCGCUUAACAGAAAAAAAGAAGUCGAAAAACUGUUCUCGAAAAUCGAUUACGAUCAUUCUGGGUUCAUCGACAAAUCUGAUCUACUGAAAAAGUACAAUUUUUCAACCAAUGAGAAAUUCGCUACUGGCCAAAUGUCAAAAGAAGAUUGUAUCGAUCAAUUCAUUUCUGAUUUUGAAUCAGACCAAAAUGGAAAAGGCGAUGGAAAAAUUUCCGAAGAGGAAUUUCUGGCGUACUACGCUGGAAUCAGUUUAGCAGUCGAAGACGAUAGUUAUUUUUUGCUGGAACUUCAGAAAAACUGGAAAACUCUAAGCACUGUUUCGGAACGCCAAAGGUCAUGGCCGUUGUCAGAGUCUUUCGCACUUGACCUUUCAAAAAGCAACAAAUCGAACAUUCGACAUUCGCCGCAUAAAAAGGUUGACAUCGCUCCUCACUCGAGCCAAGUUUUGACCGACCGAAGAGUCCAAACAGCGCGAACGCUGAAGUCAUACGAAGAACGAGAGGCGAAUCCCGGAACUCUCGGAAUGCCGAGGCCAACAGUCGUUUCCGGAUGCCGACGGUCGCUGUACCGAAGCGUGGCGCCUUCGUACGUCGAUCGACAUCUGUUCGGAAAACCGAGAAAUCAACAACUAAUGGAAAGCGAUUGGCCUCAUUUCGAGUCGCCGUUUAGAUCUAAGCCGUCAAAAUCAGACGGUUCUGGAUCAGUUUCGAAAUCUUUAGACUCUUCUGUGGCUCUUAAAUGGAGUCCGGGAGCCACUUUUGAUUGGACCAAAACAGUCGGAGUCCAAAAUGUGGACGAUGAAGAUGAAAGGAAACCAGUUCCAGAGAUUAUCAAGGGCAGAACGAGUUCAAAGUUCAGACCGAAGUCUUCGUUUGAGCCUUAUAGGACUAACAAAGUGACAUUGGCAAUGCCAGAAUACCCGAACUUCAUGUGUUUUUCUGCAGUUGCUUCUUAGAUUAAAAAAGAAAUCAGUUCAAGAUUAAUUCGCUCUAUACAAAAAAAAUCUAUCUAGAUUUAAUUUC